UGCCAUCUGCUGAAGGUGCCGCAAGGAGCGGGCCGAGAGCGCCGAGAGCCGACACGAACGCGCUGGUUUUCCUAGAGCGCAAGUUGGAGAGAAGGGAGAACACGAAAUGACAGCUAGGCGCAGAGGAAAACACUUGAAGAGCUAUGCGCCCAAAUCCGACAACGAAAGCACAUUACCAUUCCGUGGAAAAGUGCAACUUGCACGAAGAAGAAAGCCGGACAGCUGGUUGCUGAUCGCUGGCGAGGUAAUCGCUGUUAUGACUGUUGCUGCUUUAAUCUACAUCGGUUACUAUCAUCAUGAACCAUUACAUUUCCAUCUCAACCACUUGUACGCUCGUAUGGGCCAUGUCCACGCUCAACAUGUUGUGGGACACAAGUACCUGAAAGGUACCGGGGUUUCCAAAAAUAGCACGAUGGCUUUUUACUGGUUCAGGAAAGCUGCUGAUCAGGGCCACCCACAUUCAGCCUAUAACCUAGCAGUGGGACACAUGCAAGGAUUCUCUACAGAUGUCAGAAAAGGUGAAGCAAAGAAUCUCAUCAAGUAUGCUGCCGAAAAAGGUGUACAAGAAGCACACCAGAUUUACCAUGAAGUCUGCACCACCGGCAACUGUGACCACUAAGCUAGAAGUAGAUUUAUAUUAGUGCAGGAAGUGCUAUCAAUAAAAACUAACCUCUU